AUGACUUCAAACGCCUCCACUGCCAUCGACGUUGUUGAAGUCGACUCGCAAUCAGCGCCUGCACCCACGGACGCGUCUUUGGCGCCCCUCGAGCCACCAUCUUCCCAUCUUUCUUCUUCUUCUCGCCAUCGCCAGUCUCGAAAACGUGAAAUGGACAACGGUGACAAUACUCAAGUGGAUGGCUCGUUUGGUCAAUUUUCCUUCGCGCCUGCCACUCAGACCACUGUUGUGACCACCACGACCACGACAACAACGACCUUUCCUCCCUUGAUUAUCAAACCACCUCGGGCAACAAGAAAUUUAGAUACCAAGCUUUAUCCGUUGGCGGCCUCACCUACUCCUAACUCUCUAAGAAACAUCAAAUUUGAGCUGGGAGGGAAAUCCGUGGUUUUCAACGAGCCUGAGGAUACCCUAAGUGCUGUUAACGAGACGAGAGAAAGGAAUGACGCGCUCAAAACCUCGAAUGGCUUACUCCGGUCUGUGGCAUCCUUCACCACGCCUAAUGAUACCGGACAUACUCGACGCAAUGCCCACACCAGGUUAUCUAGCCACCCGUCGAGUCACCCGUCAAGUUUAAGACGUCGACCAGUCUCUCCAGUAUCGAUCCCAGAGGCACAACCGAGUAUACCCCGGACGCGUUCUCGGGUUCCAUCAGAGCCUGCCGCCCGCUUAUCCCGAUCUCGUGCUCCGGCGGUGGACGGGCUAGCAACACCAGAGACGGAGAAUAACAGUUUCAAUGCUGGGAGUGCAUUUCCAAGACGAAGGAUUCAUAGCGCAGCCCUUCCACGAAGAGCCUCACAAUUACGUUCGCCUCUGUCUUCUGAAGUUGAGUCUCAAGGGAAUCUAAAAUCUUUCCUGGGAAAGGAUGCAGCGCGGACCAGAUUUGUGGCCCCCGGAAAAAGCCCCCGGCUGGAUCGUGGAACAGGGCUUAGUUCGGACAAGCAACUUUUGCAGGACGACAUUAGCGCCCGCGUGGAGAAUGAAGAAGAGGAAGAGGAAGAAGAAGGAGCAGCUCCUACUAGCCGACUGUCAGACAAUGUGUCGGUGCAAAUUCCGCAACAGCGCAAGUCGCUUGAUACGAACACCCAGAGGACGGCAGCUGACAAUGUUGCUGCUCAAGAUAUGUGCUUACCGAGCCCUAGUCUGUCUCCCGUGGCUGCCAUGAAUGCCAUGAAUGGCGAUUCAUCCUUUGAUUCCACAGAGGAUGCGGGAGUUGAUACAGAUUCUAGCUUGGAUAACAAUGUUCCUCGAUCCUCAAAGGGCGCCGACGUUCCACGUUCCACGGCAUCGUUGAUGGACAUGCCAAAUGUACUGGACUUUUUUGACUCGGUUCCUGAGGGGUUUAAAACGUAUCUCAUGUACCAAUUGCUCCGUCGAUGUCCUAAACCCACUCUCCGUUUUGUCGCUAAUGUCGUUAAUCCGGCCCUGAAAUGCGACUUUUUAUCCAUGCUUCCGCUUGAAUUGAGUCUCAACAUCGUCAAAUAUUUUGAUGCUCCGACCAUGUGUCGUGCGGCUCAGGUGUCAAAGAAAUGGAGACAUAUCAUCAAUUCCGAUGAGAAGACUUGGAAAGGGCUCCUGGACCAGGAUGGCUAUGUUCUCCCUGAAGGGGAGUUAGAACGCGCUAUUAGAGAAGGUUGGGGAUGGCAGUUCCCGAAUGGAGAUGAAGAUUUCGAGAAGGAUUUAUCUACAUCUCUCCCUCUGAAUUCCGGUCCAGGCUCUUCUGCUUCGGCUUCGUUGCAGGCAGCAGGGCACAAUGACAGAAUAUUGGUCACUCGGCAGUCGAAGAGAAAGGCUGCCACUCGCACAUCAACCCGCAAAUAUGCGAAGCGAAAGAUCUCGUCCAGUGGGACAGAUCGUUCGGAGACCCCUGACUUGAGAGUCGAUAUUGCAACGGCGGAAGGCCCAUAUGCUGCUGCUAGUGCUGCCGCAGCAGCCGUACCAUACCCCGAUGUUGGUUUGCCAUCUCUCCGUAGCCUUCACCUGUACAAAUCUCUUUACCAGCGGCAUCAUUGCAUUCAUAAAGGUUGGAUGAGGCCGGACGUUCGGCCGAAACAUUUUGCCUUCCGUGCGCAUGAUCGCCACGUUGUCACGUGUCUCCAAUUCGAUACGGACAAGAUUCUUACGGGAAGCGAUGACACCAAUAUCAACGUUUAUGAUACGAAGACCGGCGCUUUGAGAAACACUUUAGAGGGCCACGAAGGCGGUGUUUGGGCUCUCGAAUAUUACGGCAAUACCCUUGUUUCCGGGUCUACCGAUCGCUCUGUGAGGGUUUGGGACAUCGAGAGAGCAAGAUGUACCCAGAUCUUCCAUGGUCACACUUCCACCGUGCGAUGUCUGCAGAUCGUACUGCCAUCAGAGGUCGGGAAAAGGGCCGAUGGCACCGUUGAAAUGAUGCCCAAGGUGCCGUUGAUCAUCACUGGCUCCCGUGAUUCUAACCUACGGGUGUGGAAGCUUCCCCGGCCAGGUGAUCAGCUUUAUUUCCAAAGCGGACCUCACGUCGACGAUGCCGAUUGCCCCUAUUUUGUUCGUGCUCUCACAGGCCAUCAACACUCAGUUCGUGCCAUCGCCGCUCACGGAGAUACUCUAGUGAGUGGGAGCUAUGAUUGCACUGUGAGAGUCUGGAGGAUAUCUACCGGAGAAACUGUGCACAGACUUCAGGGACACACUUCCAAGGUGUAUAGCGUGGUUCUUGACCACGAGCGAAACCGUUGUAUCAGUGGAUCGAUGGAUAACCUGGUAAAGGUGUGGUCGCUGGAGACUGGAUCUCUUCUGUACAACCUUGAGGGUCAUACUUCUCUUGUCGGUCUUCUUGAUCUUAAAUGUGAUCGUCUUGUCUCUGCAGCGGCGGAUUCGACUUUGAGAAUUUGGGACCCCGAAACCGGCCGGUGUAAGAGCAUGUUGAGCGCCCACACCGGUGCGAUCACAUGUUUUCAGCACGAUGGCCAAAAAGUCAUCUCGGGUUCUGAUCAAACUCUGAAAAUGUGGGAUGUGCAGACUGGAGAACACGUCCGAAACUUGCUCACUGACCUCAGCGGGGUCUGGCAAGUCAAGUUCAAUGAUCGGAGGUGCGUUGCCGCAGUGCAGCGUGAUAGUUUAACCUACAUCGAGGUCCUUGACUUUGGCGCUUCCCGUGACGGAGAGCCACCCGAGAAAUUGGGGAAACGUAUUGUCGUGAAUCGAAGAGGUCUAGAAACCGGCGAUUAUGCCGAGGAAGAUUACGACAUGUCGGACGGUUAA